AUGGAGAAGAUUUCGUCUGCGACGCCAAGAGAUAUCCAUGAAUAUAAGACCCCAGAAUUGAGAGCAGAAAAUUCAUGCGCGACGGGACUAAAAGAUUUGAAAAUCAACGUGCCAGCCGUGGUGCGAUCCGGUGACACAGUGACACUGUCCUGUAACUAUGAUUUAGAGGGAUUGCCAUUGUACACGAUACAAUGGUAUCGCGAAGAAGCAGAAUUCUAUCGGUACCUACCGGAGCGAGAGCCGCCGUAUAGCACAUUCAAUAUCGAUGGGGUUCACGUAAAUGUUUCCAAAUCGAAUUCGUUCGACGUGACGCUGGUCAAUGUAUCGAGGAAGCUGACGGGAAUGUACAAAUGUGAAGUGUCGGCAGGCAGCCCGACGUAUCACACGCUAAUCGAGAGGUCCAGGAUGGAAGUGGUAGAUGCACCAAAAUCGGAUCCAACGAUCGACGUUCAGAAGGAGAGAAUCUCGAUGGGUGAGCUGCUUCAGGCGAAUUGCACCACAGGCAACUCGAGGCCCGCCUCCGCAAUUACAUGGAGACUGAAUGGGGACCUCAUCGCAAACGACAGCAUGAUAUACAGAACCAGAUACUUGGCCAUACCUCAAGACGAUGAUUCGUACGUAUCGAAAUCGACCAUCGACUUCAAGGUGGCGGAAGACAUAUUCCGGAACGGCCGAUUACACCUGCGAUGCACUGUCUCUAUAGCGGACGUCUACAAACAAUCUGUUGACAUCGAAAUUACCGAAGACACACCGCGCAUCGCUUCCAUCAAAGGGGAAUCACCACAACAAGGACGUGAGUGCAGUUUCUGCUAUUUAUACUUUAUUAUAGUUUCUUUCUGAUACACAAGACAAAUU